GCGACUAUCAUGGAGGCAGGUCUGCCUUCUGGCAGGAGGGUCUCGACCUACACACUCGGCGUUACCUGCCAGCGCGCGCACGGCGGCGGCGGCAGUGUCUCCGAAGUCGCGCACUCCGAUGGAUCGCGGAGUCCUGAGCUGCUGCGCGUGCUGAGGGGCCGCGGCGAGGUCGCUUCCAACUCACGGCGACGACGAAGAGUAUCGAGCUGCACACGGCAGAUAUAUACGAGAAAACUGGCGAGACUCGCGACUCAGGUUAGGUCGUCGCCAAGUGCGGCGCGUGUAUCGCGCAUCGUGUCCAGGGAUUCGCGAACGUCAGUUUACAUCCGCGAGGUAAGCGCGUGAUUCGUGAGAUUUGCGUACAUAUUCGCGGUCAGCCAUACACUCUCGAGAAUCGCGACGACGACAACGACGACGACGACGACGACGACGACGAGAGUGCGGGAGGCGGAGGCGGAGAGGCGCAAGCGGCCCCCAGGAGAGCGACACGUCGCGAUACGAUCGAUCCGUCAAAAGCCGUGCAGCAGCAGCAGCAGAAGCAGCAGUAGCAGCACGCAGCAGCAACCCGAACAGCGAACUCGUGAGAUCGCCUGCCCAUUGGCGAUGGAAGAAAUGUGCUCGUGACGUCACGGAAUUCCUCGGUGCUGCUGGAAGCGACCGCGAGCACUUGUCAUCGUGCCUUGUUCACGCGUAGCUGGCAUCGUGAGAUCUUUUUCUGUCUCUCCUUCUCUCUCCCUCUCUCUUUAUCUAUCUCCCAAUAGGAGAGGAGAGAUAAGAGAGCGAGUAAACGAACGGGAGAGAAAGAAAGGAAAAUCUCCACACAUUGGAGAAACGGAGGAGGAAGAAAGGAAGUAGAGGGAGGCGAAGUAAAGAAGAUAGAUACAUAUAUUGAUAGAUAGAUAGACACAUACGAAGAAAGAGGAGAGUCGAGAAGGAGAAAAGGAGGAGAACGUAUCGUGGGCGUUGAGUGAUUGUUGUCGGUGCUAGUUUCCAUCGAGAGUCAUGAGGGACACGAGCGAUAUGAUGGAGGACGCCCUGUCGGAGGACACAAUGAUGGAUUGCGGAGGGGACGGUGGAGGUUUGGAGGACUUCGUCGACUUGGCCACCGAUAUCACGGAUAAUUCGCCCACCAUACGAGAUGCCGCCGAACGGUUAUUGACGCUGUUAGGCGUGGACGACGGCGACAACGACGAUCUCGUAUCUUCGUCCGAGGAUGAGGGUGUCGAAGUGGACAUCGAUGAGCUCGAGGACGACGACGAGGAGACGGGGAACACCAAGUUGCUACAUCACCUCGCGGCUUCCCUCGCCCAGGAGCUCAAGUAUUCCAGCACACGGUCCGUCGCGUCCACCUCUGGCAGAACGGCGCAUCGAAGUCCGACGCGCAGCGUGGAGAUGCUGCAGGACACGAGCUACCUCGAGCGCGGUUGCCUCCAGGACCAAGCGGAGCCGAAAGUGGUCGCGCCUGUUCAUCAUCAGGUCGACUUCUUCGCCCGCAGCGAGCAAUUACUCGACGAGCGGAGCACCGUCGGCCGCACCAAGUUCCUGAGCUUCGACGGCUUCUGCCAAGAUCGCCAAGAGCCGCUGCACAGCCGGUCGUUCGAGCCGAAGGACACGGCGAGUCACGCUUUCUCCGGCUACAUGUGUCUCGAUCAGCGUCUCAGAACGCAAGACCAGGACGCUGCGCAGCCUGGCAAGUACUUUGCUCAUCAGCAGGAGCAGGAUACCGAUUCUUGGACGGCUGGAUGGGACGCCUGCGCCAACGAGGCGCUCCGAUACCUCGUCGAGGACGAGGGUCUGCCGCUUCAUCAUCCCACGGUCGUCGCCAUGAAGAAUCACCUGGAUCUGCAGAGGGAGCGGGCUUUCGCUCAGCACACCGGCUACACGGAAGCCAAGUCGCAGGAUAUGAACCUGGCUCUGGAUUGACUCGAUCGAUGAAGCUCCGGGAUCCAGGUAGUGAACGAUUAUUACAGAUUACUUCUCUCAUGACGCGUCGUCAUCGUCGAGAAACUUUCCCAUCCGAGUGAGAGAUUGUGAGAGGGAGAUGUUCUCCGGAGAAAGAGUCUCGAGUAAAUUAACUUUAUUAUUUAAAUUAAUCGAUCGUACAUAUCUCCCUUUUUCUCUCUCUCUCUCUCUCUCUCUCUCUCUUACACACACAUACAUACACGACAGAACGCGAACACGUUUGCGCAAGGUUCUCUUCGCUUUCUUACUUUUCUACCGAGGAAGAGUCCAAAUAUUUUUCCGAGAGUCGUUAUUUGUAUUCGACGUCCGGGUCAAAUAAUUUGCGAGCGAUCCGCUUUCCUCAAUUUUGCUACUUGUUUUACCUUUGUCGAAAUAUUAUCGUUCGCGGAUAUCGCGCAGUGCGCUCGAUAAGUGUCACAAGUUGACAUCGUUUCAGAUGUACAUUUCGAAAUGUUGACACCAUCAAUGUGAACGUAGUUUUACACUUGACUUCGAUAUGGAUCGAUUUUCUCCCGAUACAGUUUGUGACAUAGUUUCAAUGAGAACCGAUGGUUCAAUGAGAGUGUCGAAAGCAUGAAAUUGAAAGUAUACAUCGACUUCAUUCUUCGACAACUAUGAUUUCGAGCGCGUUCAUACGCUGGAUCGAUAUGCGCGCUGUUUUUCCUUCGUCAGGAGGUCGAGAAUCUCGCGGAGCUCGCAGACGAGCGCAUUAAUCGAGUAUUAAGAUUCCUUUCGUGGUCCCCUCCUGUUUCAGAGGAGCGACUAAUUUCUCGCGACGCUCCUCUGCGAUGAUUGGGAGAUGGCUUCGGAAGCCAUUAAGAGAAAAGAUUUCCGACAAUUAGAAUCAUCGAACGAGGUAGGAGAACGUCCGGUGAAUCAGAAUUAGCUACUCGUAGAACAAAUUUCUAGGUUAGUUUAUCAUAAGUGAAGAAAAGAUGAGCGACAAAGUUUACGGGCAGGAGAACGGGCAGUGUUAUAAAGUAUUUGUUACAAGAGAGGGACGUGAGAUAAGCAUCGGUGAUCGCCGGCAAAGUAUUGCGGAAAUGUCGCUUUCGAUUAUCAAAAGGGUCACGCGCGUCUGGACUCUAUGUUUUUAUAUAAAUAAUAAUGUCGACCUGAUACAAAUGACGCUUGGAAGUAAAUUUAUUCGCUUACUUGUACAAAUUUUAUUUUAAUGUCAACGAUCCAUUUCUGGGCGUUGUAUCAAAAAAAUCGUUUUGACAUCCGGAUGAUCUUUUAUGAAUCGCUACAUUUUGUCGGCGACUACGCGCGAAGCGAUUUGCGAGUCGGCUCGCACACGAAAGGGGAGAGAAUUGGCUACACAGUGUCGACAAUAGCAAGGAAACGUUUCAGCCCCGAAAAUGCAUGUAUAUAAUUCGGAUUAGGCGAGAGACGAAGACAGCUCAGCGACUAGGUAGGGACUUAUUCGGCCGUAGAUCAGUGAAUUAUCAUUUAGAACGAACGAUCAUCGUUCCUCGUAUACGACGAAUGGAUCAGGAUCGCACCACGUCGCUCCGACGUUCGAUCAAUCCGGUAUUAAUGAAUAAAGAAGAAAAAGAACGGAGGGGGAAGUGAAAUAAAAGCGAUCCUCGCGAGUGAUUCAGGAUCGACGGCCGACCUCGAUCGUGCGUCACUUGUCGGAGGGACCUGUAUGUCGUGAUCGAUCGCGUGGAAAGGACCGAAGGAUACGAAACGAAUCGCCGGGCAUUUUUCCAGAGCCCGUCUCUUCUUUUUUUGCUCGCGGGAGGCGAUCGGCAUCCUGCUUCCGUCGAAUUGGCGGGUACUUUCCGCGCGAUCGAUCGGUAACGAGCGCGUAAUCUCUGUACAUAUGUAUGAUAUCGUUUUAACUUAUACACACAACACUAUUGUUACUUUUACAAUAAAUCAUUGUAGAUAACAUUGACCACACGCAGUAAAUAAACGACCGCUAAGUUAAUUAA